CGCUUGUUUUGUAUUAUAUAUUCUUAAUAGCCCCGUUUACUAAAUUAAUUAAUUUAAUAAAUUAAUUAAUGUCUUCUUCUUCAUCAGCAUCAUCUGAAAAUGGCAAUGGCGCCAAUGGCGGUAGGGGUGGUAAUGAAUAUGAAGGGCCACCAAGGAUUCGUCCACGUGCCAUUAACGAGGUGUGGCCCGAGCCUUUUCUUGAAGCUCUUGCUGCCCAGGUCGCCAUUGAUGCUUCUCGCUUUGUUGGUCGCCUUGCUGCAGCUCAAGCUCUUGCCAAUGUCUUUCAGGUUUGUUCCACGUGGCGAGCUGUCUCGCGCUCCGACCUUUUGUGGCACCGUUUAACUCGUAGAAUAUGGAACCGCACCACCCUCAUUCAAGACACGUGGCGUGAGGAGUACAUCUAUCGCCAUCGAACGGCUAGAAACUUCCGCACCCGGACAUCAUCUCAUUUCACUCUUCAAUUCGAUCCUGCUGAUUUUGACGACCCGAACGAUCCCGACGCACUUAUCUGCCGCUGUCUUGCACUCUCCGACAACUAUCUAGCUUGUGGCUUCGCUGAUGGUGCUAUCCGCCUCUACGACCUCCAGACGCGCCUUCACACGCGAACUUUCCGCCCGCAGCACCGAGACCACAUGGGCCGAUUCUCACGCGCUGUAUCAGGCAUCAUUAUCUCCAACAGGCGCUUAGUAUUCGCUUCGUUGAACGGCGACAUCCACUUGGCAAUGCUAAACGGUAACGCCUUUCCACGUAGGGUCCACUAUGGUGACAUGCUCACUGAUGGAGUGUUAAUAGACUUCGCGGGUCGUGGGCAAUGGUGGGUGGGCCUUUACGUUGGAGUUCCGGGCCGGGCUUUUCAUAUAUGGAAUGGAACCACUGAAGAGCUGACUUUUGUAGGGGGAUUAUUAACCGACCCGGAUUCAGUAACGGGUUGGCACAUGCUAAAUGAUAUAACCGAGUUACUAGGACGAGUGAGAGUAACGAGUGAAGCGACAGCGAUAGCUUGCACAAGAUUGAGCGUGAUGUCAUUUGAUCUAAGGAACCAAGGGGUAAUAUUAGGGGAGGAUGACAGAGGAGGGUUUAUGGUGAGCUGUUUUGACGUGUACAACUCGGCUUAUGUUAGCGUAGAUAGCAGCGGGGUGGCUAGAGUGCACAGGGCAGAUAACAUAGGGGGGGAAGAGAUAUGUAGUUUCAAUGUGAGGGUACAAAGAGGAAUGAUGGGGUGUAUGAACGGUGGGUAUGCGCUAAUGUGCGCAGGGGGAGUGGUGAGGAUAUGGGAAAUAGAGCAGAGAGGGGAGUUAUUGUAUAGCUUCAGAGAGAGAAUCGGAGAGGUAAAUGCAAUGGCAGCAGAUGAGAGACACGUGGCAGCAGCAUCGAGUGAAGGGACUAUAAUACAUGUAUGGGAUUUUGGAGCAUAGUGUAGUAGCAGUAUAGGAGGAGUAGGACUUUGACUCUUGAAAGAACGAACCAAAGAAAAGAAAGAAAAGAAGAAGACUUUAUAGUAAUAACUGACCCUCUUUUUGUGGCUUGUUCGUUCCUGUUUUUGUUUUUUAGUGAGUUUGACAUGUGGAAAAGACAAAACAGUAAGAGAUGAGAUGUGGAUUGGAUAUGGAUGGGCGUAGGCUAACGCUAUUUUGGGGAACUGUGUUUUUCUUUUUUUCUUUUAAUUUCUUUUCUGAGAUGAAGAUGAAGAAAGGUGGAGGGGGGCUGUUUUGGUCAUUCUUUUCAUUGUCUUCUCUCUAGGUAUCUUUUAGUGUAUUUAAUUUGGGUACUUCUAAUUAAAAUGUAUUUGGAGGUGUUAAUUCCAUUGUACUAUCUUUUUAAUUCAACUGUAAUUUUUGUGA